AUGCAUCUCUCUUCUGUAUUCAUUGGUGCUCUCACUGCACUCAUCUCUGUUGUUCAUGCAGAGAGUGUGGUUGCAAAGAGAGCAGAUUUGGGCAAUGCUUUUGUAUUUAUUUAUUGCAAUUUCACUGUCUUUCUUGAUGUUGAGGCUGGCGGCGUUAGCACCCGGAGAACCCUUAACGGCAGAAAUCAUGAUUACUACCAUGAGCCAUAUGGAGGCGGCAGCGGCGACGGCGUCAGUUUAACACUAUCUCACACGGAGGGUCGGGACAGUUCCAAUUCACGAACGACAUUCCGCUAUAAAUUAAGCGACGGUAAUUCGACUGUCGGGUACAGUUUGGGGAAUUCAGGUGGUAACCCAUUUGAAGGGCAUAAACUCACUCUCAAGCCCUCGGAUGACCGUUGCCCCAGGAUUGAAUGGCCGGAUGGCAUCCCGACAGGCGUAAGCAGUGGCUCCUGCGGAUCAGGCGCAAAUUUGAUCUUGACAAUGUGCCCACUGGAGCGACCACGCCAAGAGUUUGAGGAUGAGUAA